UUCAUCAAUGCCUCCUGUUGAUAUGAAUAGGCAGAAACAAGAGAUUAAUUUGGCUUACUUAGCAGUAAACAGGAUUCAGAACUCUGCAAUUGAAGAGUUGAUUGACCCAUGUCUUGGAUAUCAAUCAGAUGAAGAAGUUAAAAGGAUGACAACUUCAGUCGCAGAGCUGGCCUUCCUAUGUUUGCAGCAAAACAACGAAUUGAGACCUUCCAUGGAUGAAGUUUUGAAGCAAUUAAAGAGAAUUGAAAGUGGAGAGUGCAAGCCAGAGAAUCUAAACAAUGAUAAUGUAGUUCAGAGUAUGCGGCGAACAGUUUCAUCACCAGAUUGUCAAGAGGCUUCCUUGCUGAAGAAUAUCAGUCUGUUACCAACAUCUGUGACUUCAAAAUGGGUUAGCAGUGACAUUGCUUCUAGUCUCACUUGUUAAGUUUCAUGCGAACAUCCUGCACCUAAAAGGCAGAAAGCUCAAGAACUA